CUGGGUGACUCUCGCGUCCUCCCCCAGGACGAGCUCACGGCUCUCAACGUGAAGCAGGGCUUCAACAACCAGCCCGCUGUUUCCGGAGAUGAACACGGCAGUGCCAAAAACGUCAACUUCAACCCCGCCAAGAUCAGUUCAAAUUUCAGCAGCAUCAUUGCUGAAAAGCUGCGCUGCAACACGCUGCCCGACACAGGCCGUCGGAAACCACAGGUGAACCAAAAGGAUAACUUCUGGCUUGUGACGGCUCGCUCCCAGAGUGCAAUUAACAAUUGGUUCAACGAUCUGGCUGGAACCAAACCCCUCACCCACCUGGCUAAAAAGGUGCCCAUAUUCAGCAAGAAGGAGGAGAUAUUUGGUUACCUGGCCAAGUACACAGUGCCCGUGAUGAGAGCUGCCUGGCUGAUCAAGAUGACCUGCGCCUAUUACGCCGCCAUUACGGAAACGAAGGUGAAGAAGCGGCAUGUCAUUGACCCCUUCAGCGAGUGGACGCAGAUUAUCACCAAAUUUCUCUGGGAGCAGCUGCAGAAGAUUGCCGACUUUCAUCGGCAGCUACUGGCGCAGGCCUGCGGCUCACCCUCCAGCAUCAUGCCCCAGGAGGUGGAGCAUUCGGUGAAGCAGUGGGACUACAAUGAGAAGCUUGCCAUGUUUAUGUUCCAGGAUGGGAUGCUGGACCGGCACGAGUUCCUGACCUGGGUGCUUGAGUGCUUUGAGAAGAUUCGCCCGGGCGAGGAUGAGCUGCUGAAGCUGCUCCUGCCUCUGCUCCUGCAGUAUUCCAGUGAGUUUGUGCAGUCUGCCUACCUGUCCAGGCGCCUGGCUUACUUCUGCACCCGUCGCCUUGCCAUUCUGUUGGAUGCCAGCGGUGGGCACCCAGCUCACCAUCUUCCAUCCCAGUCGGCCCCUGCGCUCCCCUCCACCCCCACUCCCCAGCCAGCUGCAGGAAACUCAUCUGCCAGCCCCUUCAGUGACCUGCUGCUGUGUCCCCAGCACCGCCCAGUUGUGUUUGGGCUCAGCUGCAUCCUCCAGAGUAUCGUCCUGUGUUGCCCCAGCGCCCUCGUCUGGCACUACUCUCUCACUGACAGCAGAAUCAAGACGGGCUCUCCCCUUGACCAUCUGCCAAUUGCCCCCUCAAACCUGCCCAUGCCAGGGGUCAAUGCGAGCUUCAUACAGCAGGUCCGAGCAAGGCUCCGGGAGACAGAGCAGCAGAUCAAGGAGCGUGGCCAGGCCGUGGAAGUGCGCUGGUCCUUCGACAAAUGCCAGGAAGCCACUGCAGGAUUCACCAUAAGCCGAGUGCUCCACACUUUAGAAGUCCUUGACAGUCACAGUUUUGAACGUUCGGACUUUAGCAACUCAUUGGAUUCUCUGUACAACAGGAUAUUCGGGGGAGGACCGAGCAAAGACAGUCACGAGAUCUCCCCUGAUGACGAUGCUGUAGUGGCCCUGCUCUGCGAGUGGGCCGUGAGCCACAAGCGGUCGGGGCGGCACCGGGCAAUGGUGGUGGCAAAGUUGCUGGAGAAGCGGCAGUCUGAAAUAGAGGCUGAGCGGUGUGGCGACUCAGAGGUAGUAGACGAAAAAGGCUCCAUCGCUUCGGGUUCCCUCUCGGCAGUGAGCGCCCCGGUCUUCCAAGAGGUCCUCAUGCAGUUCCUGGACACUCAGGCUCCAAUGCUGACUGACCCCAGCAACGAGAACGAGAGGGUGGAGUUCUUCAACCUGGUCCUGCUCUUCUGUGAGCUGAUCCGGCACGACGUCUUCUCACCCAACAUGUACAUGUGCACCCUGAUCUCUCGCGGCGACCUGGCCAUCGACCACGGGCCCCGUCCUGCCUCGCCCUUUGACGAUGCCACGGAAGAGCAUGACCGGAAGGAGCGGGAAGGCAGCCACGGCAUCAAGUUGGAGGAUGCAGGCCUGUCGGAGUGCCACAUGGACAUCGACCACAGUUCCAGUGUCAUCUUUGACGACAUGGAGAAGACUGAUUUCUCGAUGUUCUCUCCUUCCAUGCACUGUGAGUCCAAAGCCAGCCCUUCCCCAGAGAAACUGGACCCUGAGAAGGACAGGGUGGCAGAUGGGACGUUGGCAGCACUUUACGACCAGCCUCGGCACAUCCAGUACUGCACGCAUUUCCCCAUUCCGCAGGAGGAAUCAAGCAGCCACGAGUGCAACCAGAGGCUGGUGGUCCUUUUUGGAGUUGGGAAGCAGCGUGAUGAGGCGCGUCACGCCAUCAAAAGAAUAAGCAAGGAUAUCUUGAAGGUGCUCAACAGGAAAAGCACGGCAGAGACAGGGGGAGAGGAAGGGCAGAAAAGGAAGAGGAACAAGCCGGAAGCCUUCCCGACUGCAGAGGACAUCUUUGCAAAAUUCCAGCACCUUUCUCAUUUUGACCAGCACCUCGUCACCUCUCAGGUAUCUCGGAACGUCUUGGAGCAGAUCACCAGCUUUGCCUUAGGGAUGUCCUACCAUCUGCCUCUGGUGCAGCACAUCCAGUUCAUCUUCGACCUGAUGGAGUAUUCACUCAACAUCAGCGGGCUUAUCGACUUUGCCAUCCAGCUGCUGAACGAGUUGAGUGUGGUGGAGGCCGAGUUGCUGCUGAAGUCCUCUGACCUGGUGGGCAGCUACACUACCAGCCUGUGCCUGUGCAUCGUGGCCGUCCUGCGGCAUUAUCACUCCUGCCUUAUCCUCAACCAGGAUCAGAUGGCCCAAGUCUUCGAAGGGCUGUGUGGGGUGGUGAAGCACGGCAUGAACCGCUCGGAUGGCUCUUCGGCAGAGCGCUGUAUCCUGGCCUACCUCUAUGACCUGUACACGUCCUGCAGUCACCUCAAGAGUAAAUUUGGAGAGCUCUUCAGCGACUUCUGCUCCAAGGUGAAGAACACCAUCUACUGCAACGUGGAGCCAUCAGACUCGAACAUGCUGUGGGAACCCUUGUUUAUGAUUGAUACCAUUGAGAAUCCCUCAGCCCACAAUUUCACCUACACCAACCUGGGCAAGAGCCUUGCAGAUAACCCAGCCAACCGCUACAGCUUCGUGUGCAAUGCCCUGAUGCACGUCUGCGUGGGGCACCAUGACCCCGAUCGGGUCAACGACAUUGCAAUCCUGUGUGCGGAGCUGACGGGGUACUGCAAGCUGCUGAGUGCCGAAUGGCUGGGGGUGCUGAAGGCCCUGUGCUGCUCCUCCAACAACGGGACGUGUGGCUUCAAUGACCUCCUCUGCAACGUGGAUGUGAGCGACCUGUCCUUCCACGACUCCCUGGCGACCUUUGUGGCCAUCCUCAUCGCCCGCCAGUGUCUCCUUCUGGAGGACUUGAUCCGCUGCGCUGCCAUUCCCUCUCUACUCAACGCCGCCUGCAGCGAACAGGACUCAGAGCCAGGGGCCCGCCUGACCUGCCGAAUUCUGCUGCAUCUGUUUAAGACCCCUCAGCUGAAUCCCUGCCAGCAGGAUAGCAGUAAGCCCUCAGUGGGCAUCCGCUCGUCCUGCGACAGGCACUUGCUGGCCGCCUCCCAGAAUCGCAUUGUGGACGGGGCCGUCUUUGCAGUGCUGAAGGCUGUCUUUGUCCUGGGGGAUGCCGAACUGAAGGGUUCUGGGUUUUCCCACCCGGGAGGGGUGGACGACCUCCUGGACGAUGACAAGAAGCCCGCCGGCCGGAUGGUUUCCAUUGAGACGGCCAGCCUGGACGUUUACGCCAAGUACGUCCUGAGGAGCAUCUGUCAGCAGGAAUGGGUAGGGGAGCGAUGCUUGAAGUCCUUGUGCGAGGACAGCAACGACUUGCAGGAUCCUGUCCUGAGCAGCACCCAGGCCCAGAGGCUGAUGCAGCUCAUUUGCUACCCUCAUCGGCUGCUCGACAGCGAGGAGGGCGAGAACCCCCAGCGGCAGAGGAUCAAGCGCAUUUUGCAGAACCUGGACCAAUGGACGAUGCGCCAGUCGCUGCUCGAACUGCAGCUCAUGAUCAAGCAGACUGCAAACAACCAGGAAAUGAAUUCCCUCCUGGAGAACAUCGCCAAGGCCACCAUCGAAGUGUUCCAGCAGUCGGCCGAGACCAACUCAGCCAGCAACGGCAUUGUCAGCCUCGGCAGCUGCCCCAACCUCAUGCCGGCCAACCCCAAAGCCAAGCCUGUCCUUAGCUCCUUGGAACGGUCCGGAGUGUGGCUGGUAGCUCCUCUGAUCGCCAAGCUGCCAACCUCAGUGCAGGGCUACGUGCUGAAGGCAGCGGGGGACGAGCUGGAGAAAGGGCAGCAUUUGGGGUCUUCAUCCCGCAAGGAGCGGGACAGGCAGAAGCAGAAGAGCAUGACGCUGCUGAGCCAGCAGCCCUUCCUGUCCCUGGUGCUGACGUGCCUGAAGGGCCAGGAUGAGCAGCGCGAAGGCCUCCUCACCUCCUUGUACAGCCAGGUUCAGCAGAUUGUGACUAACUGGCGAGAAGACCAGUACCAGGACGAUUGCAAGGCCAAGCAGCUGAUGCACGAGGCGCUGAAGCUGCGUCUGAAUCUGGUGGGGGGCAUGUUCGACACAGUGCAGCGCAGCACCCAGCAGACCACGGAGUGGGCAGUGCUUCUCUUGGACAUCAUCAGCAGUGGCACGGUGGACAUGCAGUCCAACAACGAGCUCUUCACCACGGUCCUGGACAUGCUGAGCGUGCUGAUCAACGGCACGCUGGCUGCCGACAUGUCCAGCAUCUCUCAGGGCAGCAUGGAGGAGAACAAGCGAGCCUACAUGAACCUGGUCAAGAAGCUGCGGAAGGAGCUGGGCGACCGUCAGUCCGAGAGCCUGGAGAAGGUUCGCCAGCUGCUUCCCCUGCCCAAGCAGACCCGGGAUGUGAUUACCUGCGAGCCCCAGGGCUCCCUCAUCGACACCAAAGGCAACAAAAUCGCUGGGUUUGACUCCAUUUUCAAAAAGGAGGGCCUGCAGGUCUCCACCAAACAGAAGAUUUCCCCCUGGGACCUCUUCGAAGGCCUGAAGCACUCGGCCCCGCUUUCCUGGGGCUGGUUCGGGACGGUGCGGGUGGACCGCAAGGUCUCCCGCUUUGAAGAGCAGCAGCGGCUGCUCCUGUAUCACACCCACCUGAAGCCCAAGCCCCGUAGCUACUACUUGGAGCCGCUGCCCCUGCCUCCCGAGGAGGAGGAGCCCCCCACCCCAGUGGCUUUGGAGCCAGAGAAGAAGGCCGUCGAGCCGGCCAAGGUGGAAAAGGCCAGCGCGAACGCCGCCAGCUCUGCUGCGGAGCCCAAGAAUAAGAACAAGAGCAAGACCAAGGAGCGCGCCCAGUCUGCCAGCAAGAGCGAGGAAUACAUGAACACGGGCCGGGGGGUUUCCUACGGUGGAGCCAUUCCCACUGACCUCCUGCAUCAUCAGCCGGGGAACUCCAUGUCUCGCUUGGCCUAUGGGCAGCCUCCGGUGGGCCUCUAUGCUCAGAACCAGCCCCUCCCAGCAGGCGGCCCUCGGCUGGACACCUCGUACCGGCCAGUGCGCGUGCCAAUAGGCAAGCUGGUUCCCAGCCGGCUCCCCUAUGCAGGGGUUUUGCCGACAGGCAUGGGCAUGAUGGGGAUAGACCCUUCCUAUAAGUCAGCUGUCUACAGGCAGCAGCAGCCGCCGCCCCCUGUCCCCGGCGGACAGCUCCUCCGCCAGCAACUGCAGGCCAAGCUGCAAGGCCAGGGGAUGUUGGGGCAGCCACCUGUGCGCCAGAUGCCUCCUACUCCAGCCUACGGAUCCGUGCAGCCCUCGCAGGGCUACACCCCCUACGUGUCCCACAUUGGCCUCCAGCAGCACCCCUCCCAGGCCAGCACCAUGGUCCCCCCGACGUACUCCACCCAGACCUAUCAGAACACGCACCCCAGCACCAACCCUGCCUUCGUUGACGCCGUCCGAUCGAUGCAGCGACCCAGCGGUUACGUGCACCAGCAGGCCCCCGCUUACGGGCAUGCUCUGAAUCCUGCACAGAGGUUUCCCCCCCAGCCAAUGCAGCAGGCGCCCAUGAUGAGCGGCAUCAACCACAUGGGCACGCAAGGCGUCCCGGCGGGGAUUCGGCCCAGCCAGCUUCUGCCAGACCAGCAGCAGCAGCAGCAACAGCAGCAGCAGCAGUAUCUGAGGCAGCAGCAGCAGCAGCAGCAGCAGCAACAGUUGCUGCGGGUGAGCCACAGUAGGGCCCGGCAGGCUUGCCCAGUCUGGUCUCCUUCUGUGGCCUGCCUGGGGCUUCGCUUCUGGCCCAUCCUGGGAGCAGAGUCUGAUAAUGUUACUGAAAGUCCAUGGCAAAAGGGGAGGGGGGCCAUUUUUAGGCUAUAAAAGAGGCAAGGUCACUGUCCCGGGGCAUUGCGAUGGCUGCCGCGGCCCAUGGACACUGCGCAGCCCCGGUUGGCAGAA